AUGCGCAUCACAGCCAUCAUUCCCUUUCUGGCGCUAGCCUCCCACCCACUCAUAGUAUGUGCUCAACGUCUAACAGGUAAAGUUGUGCUGGGAGCUGGACCAAUACGCCGCGAUACCGAUAAUCAGUACUGCUGUGUCGGUGUCAAUGGCCCUGGCACCGCCGCCUACAAAUACGUGGAGCAGUACAAAGACCCGAGUCCUGCAGUUGGGACCAAUUGUGAGCCAUACUCCUUUUCUGUGGCAUUGGGUAGGCUCGACGCGAGAAAUCUGCCGCCCGCCUCCCCAUCCCCCUAUGUGCGCCAGCUGCUGACUCCGAUGAAUAAAACCCAAGGCCGCAGCCCCACGAAUGGGCUAUGCGAUGACGGUGCACCCAACCUUGUCUCCUGCACGGACAGCUUUGGCGUAUGA